CUCUGUUAUCAGUGUGCCACAGCGCCUCCUGGUGGGCAGCCGCGGAUUGAGCCUCCACCGGAUUGGCUGAGCGGUUGUCAGGAGUGUUUACAGGAAACAUGGCUUCCCUGUCUGCUGGAGAGCUUCAAGAAAUGGAAGUGGACCGGAGGGGUGAGUCCGAGGAGUCUGGGGAUGAUGAGACCAAGAAGAAGAGUAUCAACGGAGACGUGGACCCCAAUCAGCCCGCUACCACAAGUAAAGAAGAGUCUCCGGUUGACAUGGAAACCAUAACGUUGGACCCUGAGGAAGAGGAUGUUGAUCUUGUUCAUUGUCGUAUUGGAAAGAUUGAAGGAUUGGAGGUGCUACAAAAGGCUAAAACACUCUCCUUACGACAAAACCUCAUUAAAAAGAUAGAAAACCUCGACAGUUUGAGAUCACUGCAGGAACUAGAUUUCUACGACAAUCAGAUCCGCAAACUGGAGAACCUGCACACCCUCACAGAGUUGGAGCAGCUCGAUGUGUCCUUCAACGUUUUGAGGAAAGUGGAGGGUUUGGAGCACUUGACUCGGCUGAAGAAACUUUUUCUACUUCACAACAAAAUUGGCAGCAUUUCCAACUUGGAACACUUCACAGGCCUGGAGAUGCUGGAGCUGGGCUCCAAUCGAAUCAGGGUCAUAGAGAACCUGGAUACUCUCUCAUCAUUGCAAAGUUUGUUUCUUGGCACCAAUAAAAUAACUACGCUUCAGAAUUUUGAUGGUUUACACAACCUGACUGUCUUAAGUAUUCAGAGUAAUCGGAUUACUAAAAUUGAGGGUAUGCAGGGCCUUGUCAACCUGAGAGAGCUCUAUCUGAGCCACAAUGGCAUUGAGGUCAUCGAGGGCUUGGAGAACAAUAAAAAGCUCACAACCCUGGACAUCGCAGCCAAUCGAGUAAGAAACAUUGAGAACAUCAGCCAUCUGACGGAGCUGCAGGAAUUCUGGAUGAACGAUAAUCAAAUUGAUAACUGGUCAGACCUCGAUGAGCUGAAGAACGCCAAAUCUCUGGAGACGGUCUACCUCGAAAGAAACCCGCUACAGAAGGACCCACAGUACCGACGAAAGAUCAUGCUGGCGCUACCCAGUGUACGCCAGAUUGACGCAACCUUCAUCCGCUUCUAAACUGCAGCAUACGACAAACCUGCCAACUUCACAGUGUUCUCCCUCACCUCUCUCACCUCUCUCACCUCUCUCACCUCUCUCACCUCACUCCCCUGCCUAUAGAAACACAUUGGCCUCACUGAGUCAUGUAGUCACUCCGUACACAUAUAUACAUUCCAACAAUAAACUCACCCAUGGCUCACUCAACAUACAUACAUACAUACAUGCAUGUAUGUAUGCACUCAUUCACACCUUGAUCUAUACUAUUGUAGGGAAGCUUAUUUAUUUUAUUAAGCUGGAUAUGAACUGUGAAAGUAACUGAUGCCCAUCAUACCCCCCCCCCACACACACACACACACCUUUCCUCUGCAUUUGUUUUUAUUUUAAUGUUUUGCAUGUAUAGGACACUGUAUGGAGACAUCUCCCUCCUCAAUCAUACAGUGCCCAUUAGCAAAUAAGAAACCAGUCUCAUUUACUGCAUUGUUGAAGUUGCACUGCGAACAUAAGAUAGGAAAAGGGAGGCAUUGUUAAUAGUUGAGGGACUUUAUUGUGGCUUUAUUCGUUCUGGUUGAACAGGAUGAGACUGUUCUCACCACGUACAACAUUUAAACAUCGACACUAAAGGGAGAGUCCAUGACAAAAUAUGAUUUACGUAUUUUAGUCUUCAGAAUACAUGUUGUGUUAUUUGAAUUAAAAGGCUUCAGAAUGGAUCCAGAUAGUAAACAUGUUUGUCACGGAAUCAUCUAAAAUGAAGCCUUAGAUCCUGAUCCUCUUCAGUAAAGUGGCAUUUUACAUAUCAGCAUAAACUGAUGAGUCAUUUUAAUGAAGAAGUCUAUUCCUUCAAAACAGCUCAGAGGCCGAUUUUCUGUUCAACAAGAGUGACUUGUGCAGUAGAAUAAAGCUAAUGAGAAUGUAAGAUCAUUUUAAUGUGUUCACAAAGAUUGUUUUGUAAGCAGUGGUACACCCCCCACCCCGUUCUGUAAGUCACUGCCCACACUUAGUUUUUUCACCUCUGCCUUUGAGGUUAUGUUUUCACCCGUGUCCAUUGGUUUGCUUUGUUUUUUUGUCAUCAGGUAUAAGCAAAAAGUGCUGAACCAAUCCUUCUACCACUUGGUAGAGGGAUUGUUCAUGGGGCAGGGAAGAACCUGUUCAAUUUUGAUGCAGUUCAUGUUAAAGGGGUGAAUCUAGUCAUUUUUAUUCAGCCAUGUGCUCUGAGUAGUAUUGUUUUUUGUAACCUUAAAUACAUCACUGAUAACAGCCUUGGUUCUCUUUUGGUCAUACAUUUUAUUUGAAGUGAUCACAGGAAUAUGUCGACUGGUUUUGAAGGGAAUUCGCUUGUGAAGGGCAGAGGUUGACACCAACGGGUGAUGUUUUCCAAUGUAAGAUAAACUUCAUGCAGUGUGCAGACCCGAUUUUCCAGAAUUACUUUAGACACCACAUUGACACGUUUAGUAUUAAUUCUUUCUUAAGUAAAGAAAUACUGAUGUAUAUUGAUUGGCUAUUUUGCCAUGUUGAAACAAUAGUGAAUUAUUUAUGGUCUCUUUUAUAUAAAGCUUGAGUGCACUUGAUUAAUUCCCAUUUAAAAUUAAAAGGCAUCUUUUAUAUGAAAGUAAUUUCCCAUCUCAGGGCGAAAAGGUCACACGUCACAGGGGUGCAGAAAUCUCAGAUUUCAGCACAUCCCUGGAUUAGAAUUAAAUUACCUGUAAAUGAGUUUAUAGUGGCCUGAGGCAAUACUCGAUCGAAAUAACAUCAUGCUUUGUAUCAUGGAGAUAUCAGUAGCUAACAGUUCUUUUUUCAAUGGAAUAGAAAUUGCGGUUGCAAACCCUUUAAAUCUGAUUGUUCACGGUUAACAAACUUUACCAUAGCUCAACUGGAGAACAUUAAUAAGCCCAUAUGAGCAAAACUGAGGGACAUUAUGAUUUACUGAUUAUCUCGAUAUGGAUGUACUAUCGUUUUAUAUUUGGUUUUAAAUUACUAUACAAUUGGCCAGUGGGAUUGGAGCUGUCACUUUGUGUAUUUGUAAAUAUAAUUUGGACAUGUCAUGUAGAAAGUCGGUGCCGUUAUCACCUUCCCUUUGUAAAGUGAUAAACUUUUUCUUUCUUGUUUACGCCAGGCAGCACAACAGAUGGGUGAGGGAUACGAUAAUAAAGAUAACAUGACCUUUAGUGGCCAUUGAAUGAGCAA